CCUCCCGGGGCCGCUGGCGAUGCGACUCGGGCCGCCGGGCGCCGCCGCCGCCCGCCCGGCUUCGCCCUCCCCGGCUGUCGGGAACUUGCCCUGAUCCUCGUCCCCACCCCCGUCGCCGUCGAAUCCCUGCUCUGCACCCGCGGCACCCUGGAUAUGUUUUCUCCCAGACCUGGAUAUUUUUUUGAUAUUGUGAAACUACGAGGGAAAUAACUGCGGUCUUUCUUGUCUUCCUGCCUCUUCCCACGGACAUGUCUUCAGUUUGGGGCGCCGAGGCACCCCGUCCUAGGCGAGUGAACCCCCCCAGACGCGAGGGAGGGAAAUGAAGGGGAUUUCUGCAGCGGAAUGAAUGCUCUGCAGCUCGGUCCUCGCAUCUGCCAUUUGUCCUUUCAAACUGCAUUGUAAUACGGGCCGGCCGAGUCAGACCAGAGAGGAGACGAGCCUCCCGGCCCUAUUUCUCCGUCCGUGUUUACUUUCCGUGUUUCUUUUCUCUGCCUUCCUGCUGCUUGUCCUGCCCAGGGAUGACUUCUCCGCUGCAGCGGCCCCGGAGGCUGCCCUCGCUCUUGUGGGCUGUCCUGCUGGUCAGCACUGCGGCCGCUUCUCAGAAUCAAGAACGACUAUGUGCAUUCAAAGAUCCAUAUCAACAAGACCUUGGGAUAGGUGAGAGUCGAAUCUCUCAUGAAAAUGGAACAAUAUUAUGCUCAAAAGGUAGCACUUGCUAUGGCCUUUGGGAGAAAUCAAAAGGGGACAUAAAUCUUGUAAAACAAGGAUGUUGGUCUCACAUUGGAGAUCCCCAGGAGUGUCACUAUGAAGAAUGUGUAGUAACUACCACUCCUCCUUCAAUUCAAAAUGGAACAUACCGUUUCUGCUGCUGUAGCACAGACUUGUGUAAUGUCAAUUUUACUGAAAAUUUUCCACCUCCAGACACAACAACACUCAGUCCACCUCAUUCAUUUAACCGAGAUGAGACAAUUAUCAUUGCUUUGGCAUCCGUCUCCGUGUUAACUGUUUUGAUAGUUGCCUUAUGUUUUGGAUACAGAAUGCUAACAGGAGACCGUAAACAAGGUCUUCACAGUAUGAACAUGAUGGAGGCAGCAGCAUCGGAACCCUCUCUUGACCUAGAUAAUCUGAAACUGUUGGAGUUGAUUGGUCGAGGUCGAUAUGGAGCAGUAUAUAAAGGUUCUUUGGAUGAGCGUCCAGUUGCUGUAAAAGUAUUUUCCUUUGCAAAUCGUCAGAAUUUUAUCAAUGAGAAGAAUAUUUACAGAGUGCCUUUGAUGGAACAUGACAACAUUGCUCGCUUUAUAGUUGGAGAUGAGAGGGUCACUGCAGAUGGACGCAUGGAGUAUUUGCUUGUGAUGGAAUAUUAUCCCAAUGGAUCUUUAUGCAAGUAUUUGAGUCUCCAUACAAGUGACUGGGUAAGCUCUUGCCGUCUGGCUCAUUCUGUGACUAGAGGACUAGCUUAUCUUCACACUGAACUACCACGAGGAGAUCAUUAUAAACCUGCAAUUUCCCAUCGAGAUUUAAACAGUAGAAAUGUCCUGGUGAAAAAUGAUGGAACUUGUGUUAUCAGUGACUUUGGGUUGUCUAUGAGAUUGACUGGAAACAGACUGGUGCGCCCUGGGGAGGAAGACAAUGCAGCCAUAAGUGAGGUUGGUACAAUCAGAUAUAUGGCACCAGAAGUUCUAGAAGGAGCAGUGAACCUGAGGGACUGUGAAUCAGCUUUGAAACAAGUAGACAUGUAUGCACUUGGACUGAUCUAUUGGGAGAUAUUUAUGAGAUGUACAGAUCUCUUCCCAGGUGAAUCUGUACCAGAAUACCAGAUGGCUUUUCAGACAGAAGUUGGAAACCAUCCCACUUUUGAAGAUAUGCAGGUUCUGGUGUCUAGGGAAAAACAGAGACCCAAGUUCCCAGAAGCUUGGAAAGAAAAUAGCCUGGCAGUGAGGUCGCUCAAGGAGACAAUCGAAGACUGUUGGGACCAGGAUGCAGAGGCUCGGCUUACUGCACAGUGUGCUGAGGAGCGGAUGGCUGAACUAAUGUUGAUCUGGGAAAGAAACAAAUCUGUGAGCCCAACAGUCAAUCCAAUGUCUACUGCUAUGCAGAAUGAGCGAAACCUAUCACACAAUAGGCGUGUGCCAAAGAUUGGCCCGUAUCCAGAUUAUUCGUCUUCCUCAUACAUUGAAGACUCUCUCCAUCACACUGACAGCAUUGUGAAGAAUAUUUCCUCUGAACAUUCAAUGUCCAGCACACCUUUGACUAUAGGGGAAAAGAACCGAAACUCAAUUAACUAUGAGCGUCAGCAAGCACAAGCUCGAAUCCCUAGCCCCGAAACCAGUGUCACCAGCCUGUCAACCAACACAACCACCACAAACACCACUGGCCUCACUCCUAGCACUGGCAUGACCACUAUAUCUGAAAUGCCAUAUCCAGAUGAAACAAAUCUGCAUGCCACAAAUGUUUCACAGUCAAUGGGGCCAACCCCUGUCUGCUUACAGCUGACAGAAGAAGACUUGGAGACGAAUAAGCUGGACCCGAAAGAAGUUGAUAAGAACCUUAAGGAAAGUUCUGAUGAGAAUCUCAUGGAACAUUCUCUCAAGCAGUUCAGUGGGCCAGACCCACUGAGCAGUACCAGUUCUAGCUUACUUUACCCACUCAUAAAGCUUGCAGUAGAAGUGACUGGGCAGCAGGACUUCACACAUGCUGCAAAUGGCCAAGCAUGUUUAAUUCCAGAUGUCCCUCCUGCUCAGAUCUAUCCUCUCCCCAAGCAACAGAACCUCCCCAAGAGACCUACUAGUUUGCCUUUAAACACCAAAAAUUCAACAAAGGAACCCCGGCUUAAGUUUGGCAGCAAGCACAAAUCAAACCUGAAACAAGUAGAAACUGGAGUUGCCAAGAUGAAUACAAUCAAUGCAGCAGAACCUCAUGUGGUGACAGUCACCAUGAAUGGUGUGGCAGGUAGAAACCACAGUGUUAACUCCCUGGCUGCCACUACCCAGUAUGCCAAUGGGGCAGUACCAUCUGGCCAGAUAGCCAACACAGUGGUACAUAGGGCCCAGGAGAUGCUGCAGAAUCAAUUUAUUGGUGAGGACACCCGGCUGAAUAUUAAUUCCAGCCCUGAUGAGCAUGAACCUUUACUGAGACGAGAACAGCAAGCUGGCCAUGAUGAAGGUGUUCUGGACCGUCUGGUGGACAGGAGGGAACGGCCACUGGAAGGAGGCCGAACUAAUUCCAAUAAUAACAACAGUAAUCCGUGUCCAGAGCAAGAUGUUCAUGCUACACAGGGCGUUCCAAGCACAGUAACAGAUCCAGGACCAUCAAAGCCCAGAAGAGCACAGAGGCCUAACUCUCUGGAUCUUUCAGCUACAAACAUCCUAGACGGCAGCAGUAUGCAGUUAGCUGAGUCAACACAAGAUGGCAAAUCAGGAUCUGGUGAAAAGAUCAAGAAACGUGUGAAAACUCCCUAUUCUCUUAAGCGGUGGCGUCCCUCCACCUGGGUCAUCUCCACUGAACCCCUGGACUGUGAGGUCAACAACAAUGGCGGUGAGAAGGCCGUUCAUUCCAAGUCUAGCACCGCUGUUUACCUUGCGGAAGGCGGCACUGCCACAACCAUGGUCUCUAAAGAUACAGGGAUGAACUGUCUGUGAGAUGUUUUCAAGCCUAUGGAGUGAAGUUAUUUUUUGCAUCAUUGAAAUGUGGAGAAGAUAUUGAAACAAAACAAACUGCUUUAUCUUCCUGUCAGUCUCCCCCUCCACCCCUGCCACAAGGACUUGCUUUAAAUAGAUUUCAGCUAUGCAGAAAAACUUAGCUUAUGCUUCCAUAUUUUUUAAUUUUGUUUUUUUAAGUUUUGCACUUUUAUUUAGUCUUGCUAAAGUUAUAUUUGUCUGUGAUGACCACAGAAUUGUAUGUGUGUGUAUCAAAAGUGGUCUCAAAUAUUUUUUUAAAAAAAAAAGCAAAAACAAUGGAUUGCUGAUAAUCAGUUUGGACCAGUCUCUAAAGGUCAUUAAAACAAAUUAAGCAAAAACAAAAGAAGCAAAUUAAGACAGGUUUGACUGCA